AUGGAACUUGGACUUCGAGCCCCUUCUGCACUGCCCCACUGCCCCCGGUCUAGGCAGCGGCCUGCCCUGUGGCCAGCCCUGGCGGCUCUGGCCCUGCUAAGCAGCAUCGCGGAGGCCUCCCUCGGCCCCACGCCCCGCAGCUCGGCCACCCGCGAAGGCCCCGCGCCAGUCCUGGCGCCCCCCGCCGGCCACCUGCCGGGGGGACGCAUGUCCCGCUUGUGCGGCGGAAGAGCUCGGAGGUCGCAGCUGCAGCCUCCCCGGCCGGCACCCCCGCCGCCCGCACCGUCGCCUGCUCCACCCCGCGGUGUCCGCGCGGCGCGUGCCGGGGGUCGGGGGAGCCGCGCGCGGGCGGCGGGGGCGCGGGGCUGCCGCCUGCGCUCGCAGCUGGUGCCGGUGCACGCGCUGGGCCUGGGCCACAGCUCCGACGAGCUGGUGCGUUUCCGUUUCUGCAGCGGCUCCUGCCGCCGCGCGCGCUCCCCGCACGACCUCAGCCUGGCCAGCCUGCUGGGCGCGGGGGCCCUGCGGCCGCCCCCGGGCUCCCGGCCAGUCAGCCAGCCCUGCUGCCGACCCACGCGCUAUGAGGCAGUCUCCUUCAUGGACGUCAACAGCACCUGGAGGACCGUGGACCGCCUCUCAGCCACCGCCUGCGGCUGCCUGGGCUGA